AUGGUAAAUGGAACGUGUGGGGUUGGAAGCACUGUGUACUCGACGGCAUUUUCAACUUCUAUCAGUGCAAAUCCAUCAAGCCACCGCUCCUCCAGUGUGAGUUCUUCUGUGUCCCAUUCUUUCCGCACCUCGGUAGUGACCAACAGCAGUGUUGCAUCGUCGAUCAUGUGGAUGGUUUAUAUUGGUGCUGGUGGGCCUUACAGGUUUCCUGAGAUCCAGAAGCUGAAAUUUGCCAGCAACGACAGAAACAUCUUUGCGGAUAACAUCACGCGGUGUUUGGCGAUUCGGACUGUGUACACCAAGGCACAGGUCGCCAAGCGGAUGACGAAGCACUUGGACACGACAACCUCCCACUUUCUGUUUUUCUUUAUUAUGAUUGUCGUGCCGCUCCGCAAUCACAUCGCUGGGAGUGAUUUCGCAGGGAUGUCCCGUGACCUCUUCGAUGAGAUGGGCGCUAGAGUGCAAGGUCAUCCUACCAACGCUGCUGGCCCUCUGGGAGGGGCGAUGUCAGACAAGGACUUUUCGCAACAGGUCAUCAAGAGCUUUUUGUUUGUUGACGUGCUGGCUGGAAAACUGUUAAAGUAUGACUUCUUUAACAAGAGAACUCGCGACCACCCCUGCUCGGUUCACAAAGAGGGCCGUUUGACCUUCCGGGAGCUACGCCAUGGUAUCAUCUUCUUCAUGCGGAAGCACACGAAUGUUGCACAGAUUAUUGCCGGUGCCAACGCUGUCGAGGAGUAUGCCGGGCACACGGCCACCACAGGUCGCCAGGUCUAUGCCGCGCCGGGAACCGUGAUCGACCACAACGAGAGCGAAGAGGCUAUCGGCGAUCACCAGAUAGCCCUGGCGUGGCACAGAUUUCUUGGACUUGAGAUGGCAAAGAGUGUCGUGACAGUUACCGAGAAGGAUAAGGCCAAGAAGGAGUACCGGCCUUAUGGCGCCAUGGGUGACCUGACCGCUGCGGGGAGGCUGCUGUACAACGAUGCGUUUCAAUUUCGGAAGGGACAGCAGGAUAUAGCCAUUGAUGUUUUUCUGGGUACCGAACAGCUGAUCCCAGUGCAGGCUCUGCCAGGUUAUGGAAAAACCGCGUUGUUCCAGAUUCCUUUAAUUGCUCUGAAGAAGAAGAACCCUUUGCCAAAGGUCGUAUCUUUCGUAUUUGUGCCGUACAUUCCAUUGAAGGCCAACAUGAUUGACCGGUUAAGGGCGAAGGGCCAGCUUGAGGUCGGGGACGUCGCGGAGCUGCUGAAGAACGGUCCAAACGUCGGCGAGGACGCACUUAUCGCCGAUGUAUACGUCGGUGCAUUCCACGAGAUGGGCACUGUUUCUUGUAAGGAACUGAUUGAUAAUUGGUACAAAACUUUCAAGAACACCAUUCUCGGGUUGGUCGUGCUCGACGAGUUCCAUAACUUCGAAACGGAACUCACUUUCCGCGCAGAGGUGUACCAGUUAAUUGAUACUAUUAAUCUGGGACUGGCGUGGAAGGUUUUGGUGCUCUCCGGGACCAUUGGGAGGAGAAACUUCGCGGCGCCUUUGAAGAGAUUGGGCUUUAAGAAGCCGUUGACUACAGAGCUGACGUUUGAGUCAAAGAGUUUUAUCCGCAAUCUUGUCGAAGAACUUCCGCUUGGGAACUCCGUGAAGUGGUUUGGGGAGUGCGCUUCGUCUGACCAGUGCCUGAAAAAGGCUGUUGCUCUGGUAAACCACUUUCUUGCUUCGGAGGAGAACUCGAAGGUUAUUUUGGUGUGUCGCACGAGGGAGCACGUUGGUCUCUUGGCGACUGAUCUUACACCACAUGACCCUCUUUCCGUGCAUGGUCGUAUGAGCGGUGCGGAUAAGGAGCAGAUUAUGCGGCGCUUCAUCCAGGACCCCGCCAAAAGGGUCCUCGUCGGAACCAAGCUGGUAUCGGAGGGAAUCGACGUGCAAAGCUUAGCCCUUGUUAUCCUUGUUGACUACCUCCCUUCUAUCGGCGAGUUCGUUCAAACUGCCGGGAGAAUAAGGGGGGACGGGUUGUGCCUGGUGCUUUGGUCUUCCGCCUGUCGGAACGACCCCGCCAAGGAUCUGAACCCAGGUUGCUUGACCCCACAGUUAAACCGCUUUUACGAGCUGAGCCAAGAAGGACAUGUGGGCUGUUGCGGCAACCUGGAGAGGGUGAAUCCACUAUCAGUCGACCUCGCUCAGCGGGUGUUUCCUAAUAUUCUCUCCUUCCCCUUAUUACGGAAGGACAAGUGGGAGCAAUUUGAAACAGCCUCGUUGAAAAGAGCUCGCACUGAACAGCCCUGGGAAGAAGACAGUGCAGCUGAAGAAUCCGAACUUUUCGGAAUCGAUAUGUUCAUUGGUCAGCCUGAGAUGACUGAGUGCGUGGAGGGCUCGACCGUGGACAGUUCUGAUGAAGAAAAUGGGCGCACUCCUGGCCCAGAGAUCCGUCCUCAUAAAGCUCCAAGAAUUCAAAGUGGGGACCUGCACCGCCCGGAAAGACCUUUGCCCGCGAAUAACAGGGUAUAUUCCAGCGGUGAAGAUGAAGUGCCUUCUUUGGAUGCAGCUGAGUACGGGGAUGCCGAGCUGUGGCCUUCUCCUUCUAUUGAUGAUGGCAUGCCAUGGGAUCAGACCCAGCAAGAUGAUGCCCCAAGACAUUCCAGGGAUUCGCCGGUGACUGACUUGAUUCCAGGUCCAUUCUACAGCGAGCACGAUGACGCUACGUCCCAAAGUAUAGGACAGGAGCUGAGGGCUGCGUUUGGACCGGAACUGAGCCUGUACUACUUUCUAGACAUUGAAGGAACGUACGAGACGGUGAUGAAAUUCUGGAAUCCCUAUGAGUCCAAUGUCGGUAUUCCAAAGGUGAACGAACCUAAGUUCUGCUUCGUAUGCAUGGGCGGACAGCACUUCAAAUGCGUCUGCCCAGAGUUUACCUCGCACAAGCAGAAGUACGUCGUCAUAGUAAUGCAACUUCUCGAUAUUCAGACGAACGCACUGUUAAGGAAAUGUUCAGACGAAAGAAAAAGAGAAGCGCGUCAUAGUUAA